GGAUCACACGGCAGCAUGUGAAAGCCCAGCUCGGAAAGGAAUUUUUGAAACUCGAUUAAUUAGUUUUGGAACAGAGCAUAGCUUCAUCCCCUAAACUUGCUCCUUUACCAUUCUGCCCCAGACGAUAAUACCUUGUCUCCUCCUCAAACAAAGCAUCCCCUCCUCGUCUUUUGCUCUCUCUGGAAGUGGAAACUAAACAUCACACUCGCUCGGCACGGGAGGGAGGGAGAGAGAGAGAGAUGUCGGACUGGGGGCCGGUGUUCGUGGCGGUGGUGCUGUUCGUGCUGCUCACGCCGGGGCUGCUCAUCCAGAUCCCGGGCCGGUCCAGAUUCAUCGAGUUCGGCAACUUCCAGACCAGCGGGGCUUCCAUACUCGUCCACUCCAUCCUCUACUUCGCUCUCGUCUGCAUCUUCUUGUUAGCCGUCGGCGUCCACAUCUUCAAUCUUUUAUCUUCAAAAAUGGCGGAUUGGGCACCGGUGCUGAUAGGAGUGGUGCUGUUCGUGCUGCUCCAGCCGGGCCUCCUGUUCGAGAUACCGGGGGAGGGCAAGCGGGUGGAGUUCGGGAACAUGAAGACCAACGGCAAAGCCAUCGCCUUCCACACCCUCAUCUUCUUCGCUUGCUACUCCAUCCUCAUCUUGGCGCUCCACAUCCACAUCUACACGGGCUAAUACUAAAGGCCGCACCUUUGGUCUCCGAGAUCUGCGUCCCUCUGAAGCCUUAUCUUCAGCAAAAGGGAAAAAAGAUCUGGUCUUGGUCCUAGAUUUUGUUAGAUCUUUUGUCCCUUUUGGGUCUUUGGAAUAUGCCGCUUUGCAUCUGGAUAUUUGCGAAUGAAGUUUUGCUUAGCUCAUCGUCAGGUCCAUUUCGAAAUAGUUCUCUUAGUUUUUUUCCUGUUCCUCUUUCCUAUAUCAUUCGCAGGAGUGUCAACUUGAUUCUUGAUCAGGGAAAGCGGAUGUACCGUUACUUCGGAUUAUCAGUUCAGACACUAAAUUUGGUUUCA